AUGGUACGUCGGCCCCCUGAUCAGAGAUAUAUUGACCAAGUCUAUGAUGCAUACACUCGUCUCAGUCAUGAUCAGCUCGUUCUCUUUCUUUCCGCUCGGGCAUUACCAACCCAUGGUACCGAUAGCGAACUCGCCUACCGACUCACAGAGUUCGAUAUUCAGACGUAUCACUUUCCCUCGGACACAAAUGGACAUUUCAUGAACGGGUCAGGCCCUACAGGUCCCAGCAAACCUCGCUCACGUCCUGUCAAAGCACCGGACCUGCCAGUAGAGCUUCUUGCUGAGAUCAUGGACCAUGUCGGCGACUGGGAAUUAACGAAGGCUGUCGGCGUCCCUACCUCUCUUCCUCAGCCCCUCGAUUGGCACGACGCGAGCCAGACGGACUACGCUAUCCUCUCCGGCUAUCUCCCACUCAUUCGAGCGGCAGACCCCAACGCGCACCCACCAACAAAGAUCAGUGCCACACUGAUGGUGCGCUUUGGCUAUGUGCGGGUGCUAGAGUACUUCCUCACAUAUCACCGUUACAUCUUCCACGACCUCUAUAAGUGCGACCUACUACCGAUCGCGGCGUCUCUGCACGGGCGAGCUGCUGUCCUCUCCUGGUGGAAAAAUGCUUCAGAACAAUAUCCUAAUGAUAUCCCUGUACCUGAACCCUCAUCAGUAGCGGAGGCCAUCGAGGGCGCGUCGCGGAAUGGCCAUGUCAACUCGCUCGACUGGUGGCUCAACUCUAGCAUACCUUUGGAAUAUGGUGAAGCGGCGCUCGAGAUGGCCAGUGCGAAAAACCGGAUCGAGGUGCUCAACUGGUGGAAACGAAAUAGCAAGGAGCGGACGGUGCACAUGAAGAUCGGCAGGGUCAUGGACAUGGCGAGCAACGCUGGACACGUCGGGGUCCUUGACUGGUGGGCAAAGCAUCAGCCUGAAAUCAAGUACGACCGUCAGGCGAUGUACCAUGCGAGCUGCCAUGGCAAGGUCGAGGUGCUGCAGUGGUGGCUCGAUAGCGGACUCCAGCUCCUCUUCGAUCCCGACGCGCUGAUUGGCGCAACCAGGCACAACCGGCCAGAAGUAUUGGAAUGGUGGGACAAGAGCGGCUUGCCAAUACAGUAUCGCAUGUGCGACAUUGAAGAGGCCCUUGAGGAUGCCAUAGGCGGCGGCGAAGCAGCGAGACAAUGGUGGAGACGCAAGGGAGUGGACUUCAACGCGAAUGACAAGGAGUGGAUGAAUGCUACUGAGACUGCUCACACUCGCCUCUAUAUCGCAGAGCCUAGUUCCCAUCCGUAAAUACGAUGGCCGAGCGACGCGCUUCUCAAUCCUUCCUUUCCUAGCCACAGGAUUAUCGAUUAAUGUGUGCAUCUUUCCUCUCCUUCGAUGUAGACACUAUUUUCAUCGGCUCACGCUGAUGCAUGCUGCUCUUGCUAUGAAUCAAUGCUAUUCGUGCAGCAUUCUGCGUCGUCACGG